AUGCACAACGAGAACUCGGUAUUGCGGGAUGCAAAGGAAUCCUUGUUCAAUCCGACACCCCGCAAGCAAGGCCUACCAGAGGACAACACUAUGACUCCAUACAAUGGCGUGCGGUCGAUAUUUGACAAUUCUUCCGAUUCGCAUCAAUUGACCGACGACCACACGCAUCAAGAACGAGCAAUCUCCAAAGCGAAACUGGCCAACGAAAACAUUGCUCCUUUCCUGGCUAAACACAUCCCAAGCCAAUAUGCUCCCCUUGGAACAGGCAUCAGCAAGUCCGCAGGACCCCCGCCUAGGUACAUGAACUCAAGGUACUGUUAUCGUCACAGGCCCGAUCUGAAAUGUCGCCGACAAGCCGACGAACCGUCCAUGGAUCACCUGCAAUGGGAACUGCAAUCUCUUCCACAAAGCGAUCAACAGGGGAUAGCUCACGUGUGGUCCUUGUUUUCGGCUGCCCCCGCUAAGCAGCGAGAGCUCAUGCUUCGGGGCAUUCUCGCUCAAUGCUGCUUUCCUCAGUUGUCCUUGAUAUCCAGCAGCGUACGAGACCUUAUUCGCAUUGACUUUAUUACUGCACUACCGCCUGAAAUUUCUUUCAAGAUCUUAUCCUACCUCGACACCGCUUCUCUUUGCCGCGCCGCUCAAGUAUCCCGGGGUUGGAAAUGUCUUGCCGACGAUGAUGUCGUCUGGCAUCGAAUGUGCGAACAACAUAUCCAUCGCAAAUGUACAAAGUGCGGAUGGGGACUACCGUUGCUUGAACGUAAACGACUACGAGCUUCAAAAGAACAAAUCGAGAAACGUGCGUUGGGCGUUUCCGUAAUCCCUGAAGCAUCUGUCACCGUACAAUCGGUUGAUGCGACUUCAGGUGUGAAGCGCACGGCCGAAGACUUGGAAGCAUCCGACUCUCAGACUGUCAAACGCCAGCGCCUGCCAAUAGAGGAAGACACCAAUAUUUACAAAACCAACUUUCGACCCUGGAAGGACGUUUACAAAGACCGAUUCAAAGUCGGAACGAAUUGGAAAUAUGGCCGAUGCUCAGUCAAAGUCUUCAAAGGUCAUACAAAUGGAGUCAUGUGUCUACAAUUCGAGGACAACAUUCUUGCCACGGGCUCUUAUGAUACGACUAUUAAAAUAUGGGAUAUGGAGACCGGCGAGGAGCUUCGCACUCUUACUGGACAUACUUCGGGUAUUCGUUGCUUGCAAUUUGAUGAGACCAAGCUCAUCAGCGGAAGCAUAGAUCGCACUCUCAAGGUGUGGAACUGGCGGACCGGAGAAUGCAUUUCCACGUAUACCGGUCAUCUCGGCGGUAUCAUAGGAUUGCAUUUUCAAAAUAGCAUCUUGGCCUCAGGAUCGACUGACAAAACCGUCAAGAUCUGGAACUUUGAGGACAAGUCUACAUUCCUUCUAAGAGGCCACUCUGACUGGGUCAAUGCCGUUCGCGUUGACAGCUGCUCACGAACUGUACUCUCCGCAUCAGAUGACUGCACCGUCAAACUGUGGGAUCUUGAUUCUAAACAAUGCAUCCGAACUUUUCAAGGCCACGUCGGCCAGGUGCAACAAGUCAUCCCUUUGCCGAGAGAAUUCGAGUUUGAAGAGGGUCAUGAUGCAAGCCACGAGGAAGACAGCAACGCAUCCGUAUCCGGAGACGAAUCCCCCUCUAGUCAAGUAUCCUGCUCUCCAACUGCGGCAUUCUUUGAAGGUGACCGUCCUGCACCUCCACGAUACAUCCUUACAAGCGCUCUAGACUCAACUAUCCGCUUAUGGGAAACGUAUACCGGGCGCUGCCUACGAACCUUCUUCGGGCACUUGGAAGGUGUUUGGGCAUUGUCUGCCGACACGCUGCGCAUUGUAUCUGGUGCCGAAGAUCGAAUGGUCAAGAUAUGGGACCCGAGGACUGGUAAAUGCGAGCGUACGUUUACUGGCCAUUCCGGUCCUGUAACCUGCGUUGGUUUAGGCGACAGCUGUUUCGUGACAGGCAGCGAAGACUGUGAAGUGCGCAUUUACAGUUUCAAGAACUAA